UCCUGGUGGGUCUGGGCCGAUGCUGAGUUCACAGACCUCUGGUAUAACUGCAUUCAUGACAACGUAACUGGAAACUGGCUGUGUGCUGUCUCUAAUGAAAAUGGUAAAUAAAAUAGGACGUUUUAUCUAGUGAUCUUUAUGAUCUAGUCUCCAUGUGAUUGAGGAUGUAUAUUUAUGUAACUGUGUCCAACCAGUAUUCUGUGUAAUUAUGCCUUUGAGUGAUCAUGUGCAUUAUGUUUCCAAUAUAGUCUUCAUAUUCAAUGUGUCUGUGUGUUGGUCCCAAAGACAUGGAGUCUUAUGGCUCUUCUCUUGUUCCUCCAGACUGGCUGCAGGCUGUCCAGGCCCUGAUGGUCUUCUCUGUGGUCUUCUCCUCUAUCUCCUUCCUGGUCUUCCUGGGUCAACUUUUCACCAUGUCUAAAGUCGGGCUCUUCUAUUUCACAGGCCUUUGUCAGGUCUUCGCAGGUACUGUACCGGACAAGAACUUACCAGUUUAUGGCAACCAGUUAUUUUGUGUGUGUACUUACUGUAUAUUAUUUGAGAGGUUUGUCAUUAACCUAAAUAAGUUGUUUCCUCAUUCUCUGUUAGUUGUGGUUAUUCAUUCACACACAUUUAUUCUCUGAAGAGAAUUGACCCUCCCUGUCCCCUAUCUGCUUUGCUCCUCCAGGAUUCACAUCAUUUGCUGCCUCGCUCAUCUUCACGUUCCACCGUAAGGAAAUCCUGGAGGACUCCAGAGACCUGAGCAUGGGUCACUUUGGCCACUGCUUCAUCCUGGCCUGGUCCUGUGUACCCCUCCUGCUCUUCAGUGGAGUUCUGUAUGUCCACCUGCGCAAGAGGCAGUGA